AUGUUUCUGACGGAUUCCGGUGCUUCAACACUCAGCAUUACAGUUGAUGCUACUAAGAUUAACGUUCGUUCUCCCAAUCACACACUGUUAGACUGUACUCUGCCAAAUCAUUGUUCAUGUAAGACGGAGAUUUGCGAGUGUGGCUCCAACUUAGGAGUAACUGAAGCUAAUACAAAAACUAUUUAUGCUCAUUUGGGUUUCGUUGACGGACGUGAUGUGAUGGUAGCUGAGGGGUAUAGAAUGGACACCCUUCACGUCUGGGGCACGCAUGAUUUGAGUACAAAAGAUCUUCUUGAUUGGCUGGAAGAUUAUAAUCCGAAAGGUGUUGAAUGGAUCGAUGACUCGUCUUGUAACAUCCUUAUGAACAAUGAGAAUAUUGUCCUACGUGUUUUGAAUAAGUUAGCUGAGCCCUUUGAUCGUCGAAUCGCACUUGCAGCAAUGGCAGCAGUUGUCUCCACGAUGAAUGCCGAUGACAAUGGUGCUUUUGUGGGAUUGCCUGAUAGCACAAAACCUGUACCUGUGGUUGGAGCUACCACUAACUUGAUGCCUCCUAAUGGAAGGUGGUUCAAGUCUACCUCUUCCCCGGAGCGUGCUUUCUGUCUUUACUUUCGUAUUGCGCACAAAAGCGACGUGAAGUUACCCGGAGCUGAGCGUCGAAGUAAUUACUAUCGUCGGUACGGCAAUCCAAAUUAUGGCGGAGCAGUUGGUCUCUUGUCUCGUUCCUAUCGACGCCGCGCUAAAGCCAUCGCGCCCUCCACCGAUGCUCGUUGUGUCACUCUAAAGGCUCCACAAGGUCUCAUUACUUACAGCGACGACGAGGACGAUGUUCAUGGUCUGGUGGUGCAUCUUCAGCAUGGUAGUCUCGUCGAUUCUGAUGAAGAAGAUUCCCAUCCACGGCGACACAGUCUACUCCCUGGUCGACGGAGAGAGGCUACAGCUAUCGGACUGUCAAGGCCGCCCCGAAGCCCACCCCCAAAGUGGCCACGAAGGUCUUCAGGGGUGUCAGCAACCUCUCUCGAGGCAGCCACUGCCUUCCACCCUCCGGUUAACCAGUCAGCACUCAAUUUCGACUUCGGACGGGUGAGCGUCAAACAGCGCCUGGGUACUCGCAUUGGGGAGGUCUCGCCCGCCCUCGCUACUGUGACCAUUUUUCCUGACGACGACAGUAGGCAGGACGAUUGUGGGGCAGUGCGAAUGCUCACUUCUCUUCGCAUGGUGGCAGAUGUCGAGGAGGAGGCAGCGGAGGCCAAGCUCUGGAUUCGAAGCGAAAAUGUAUUCAAUCAACACCCAGUGUUCUGCGGCAGUCUUCGAGACGGCAUCGUCGCCGUCGUCAUUUGGAAGGUACGCGGACCACCAGAAAAGGCGGGGUCUGGGAUCGACUUGGCUGAGACGCUUGCACUGCCAAACACCAUCUCUCUCCAGUAUUUUAGCCGCCUCAACUGUUUGUUCCUUUGA